CGACCAUAUGUUUUAAAAACGAUAUGAUUUUUUCUAAUGGCAUUAUCUAAUUCGAAUAGUAAAACCAAAGGGAAUCUUAUUAAUUUAGAACCAAGAAAAGUUGUGAUCAUCAAAUCAGAGACAGGUUAUGGCUUCAAUGUAAGAGGCCAAAUUUGUGAAGGUGGACAACUAAAAAGUAUAAAUGGUGAGUUAUAUGCACCAAUGCAACAUAUCAGUGCCAUUCUUCCUGGAGGGUCAGCUGAAAAAGCAGGAAUAUUGGUUGGAGACAGAAUAUUAGAAGUUAAUGAGACAAAUGUGGAGGGAGCCUCCCAUAAACAAGUGGUAGAAUUAAUAAAGGCUUGUGGUGAUAGACUCACCUUGACAGUCAUAUCCCUCGAUCCCAGGAGGAUAAGAAGAUUAUCAGAUACUUCUUCCAUCGACUAUCCUUCUUCCAUCCCACAGGGUGAACCUUAUAACCAUCAUCAAUAUCCAUCAGGAACUGGCCCCAUAAGACCCUCCCGCUCAGCCUACAAUUAUGAAGACCCCACUGAGGACGUGAGGUAUGCUCGUAAUGGGCAACACCCUUCUACCCUAACCAUUCCCCCACCGCCCUUGUGUUACGACUACACCGAAAAGAGGUCUUUGCCUAUCUCGAUCGCUGAUUACAGUUACAUAGAUACAGAACACGAAAGAUUUAUCGUUUUCAAUAUCCAUAUGGCCAGACGCCACCUUUGCAGCAGACGUUAUAGCGAAUUUUCAAACCUACAUUCAGCCCUUAAAAGGGAAUUUUUCGAUUAUCGCUUCCCCAAAUUUCCUAGUAAAUGGCCCUUCACCCUCAGCGAUCACCAAUUAGACUCCCGGAGACGCCAAUUAGAGUAUUACUUGGAACAAGUUUGUUCCAUACGGGUCAUUGCGGAGAGCGUUAUAAUGCAAGACUUUUUAUCUGACGAAGAAAAUCAGAAUUCUAACCGUCCGAGUUCGUUAUUGAAAAUAGAUCUAAAAAUUUUGCUCCCCGAUCAAAGUAUCGUCUGCUUACCCAUUUACAAAAAUUUUAAAACGCCCGAGGUUUAUCAAUUGUUGGCGGAAAAAAUUGGCCUCAAAAAUCAUAAAUAUUUUGCUUUAUUCGAGAUCAUGGAACCAGAUUUCGAACGCAAAUUGAGGCAAGAAGAAAUGCCUUAUUCGUUAUAUGUACAAAAUUAUACGACAUCCAGUCCCACGUGUAUUUUGCUUAAAAAAUGGUUGUUCAAUCUCGAAUUGGAGAAACAGAUCCUUGAUUCCUGUAACAGCAAUUCUUCUCAACAAACCGUCGAUUUCUUGUAUUGGCAGGCAUUAGAUCAACUCUCCCGCUUCAAAAACUCUCCUUCCCAUCCAUCCUUUCUAAAUAGCACGAUUAACACCGUCCAAAAUGGCGACACCCAUGGUGAAAACGGAAAUGAUCGCGCAAACUUUCUACGUGAAUUGAUAUCCACGUUACCCAAUUGCUACAACUGUGUAACAUUCCCUCAUUGCGCGAGCGACUCUAGGCGCAAACAAGGUGGUCAUGUAACCGUUAUAACCGGACCUAGUGGGAUUUCAUUGGUAGCUGUAGAUACCGAAGGUGGUUACCAGGGUAAAACUAUAGAAUUCCCUUGGGAUCGGAUAACUAAAACCGGGUUGAUAUUCAAUACGAAACAGAAUUCUGUGAUUGAUUUAGACAGAAGCUACGAUUAUAAGGUUAAAUCAGAAGACGACGCUAAAUUGGGGGUCGAAAUUUUUUCGGUCGAAGAUAUUUAUGCUUCUAACUCGUCUCAUUUAAGCCCCGAUCAUCCAAACUUUAACAUCGACUUCAACGAACUCAUCUUCGUUUUUCGGUACCUUCGAGAUGAGGCGAACGUUAACGCGGCAAAGGACAGGACCAAUCACAAGUGUCUCAAAACUGUCCGAAUAUUUUCCUCAUAUAGUCUUUACAUGGCCGAGUGUUGCGAAAGAAUCAAAGCCGAAAGGGACAUGAUUGACAUCGAUCAGCGGGAGAAUAAAUUUAAAGUAAUAGUUGAUAAAAAGUCGGAGUCCGGCGACGACAUGGAGGAAAUAAUUUUUGAUAAAGGUCAGCAGGGGCAAAAUUAUGAAAAGAUUAUAGGCGACAUUCGUGAUAAGGGGAAAAAAUGCCAAAAAAAUGGGAUUAUCAUCGGAGAUGCUGUACACAUUGCGACUUCUCCCGAUAUUUAUAACGAAGUUGGUUUUUUUAAGGGUAACCAAAAAGUGCAUAGUUCCCAAGAGAUCGAGACGAAUUCCGAACUCGGAAAGAUCCCUGUUUAUCAGACGGUUAGCCAAUUAAAUAGUGACGUAGAUGCCGCAAGUCCUUCCGGAAUUAUUCAAAUCAUUGAAGAUCAAAAUUGUGCCAUUAUGGAGAAAAUUAAAAUUGAUGAACACGUUGUAGUAUCGUUCAAUGAAGCCCCUCGUGACCUUAAAUUCGAGCCUAUCCCUAAACUCAACCAUUGUGAUAUUACAAAUGAUGGGACAUUUUUUGAUGAUAAAAAUAUAAAUAAUCCCGAUAAUAUUGAAAUAAUCUGUGAUAAGCAGUACUCUCCUCUAGAAAAAGGAGAAAUUAAACCUAAGCUAGUUGAUGAUGAAAAUCACUUUAGCGAAGUUGCACCAAAGUUUGGUAAUCAAAUCAUUGACCCUUUGUCUACAUCCAUCCACCCUUUUCUAGUCUCCGAACAGAUUGAAUAACCCUCGAUCUAAUGUUAUGAUUACUUGCCCUUCUCUCUUUUAACGUUACUUAAAUAUCGCCCCCCACCCGAGUGGAUUAUUGUUCAUGAGCGAUUUCGUGAAAUAAAUUUUCCCGAAAUUUAUUAAAACUCUUUAAGAUAAUAUAUUAAGAAACCGAAAUUUUUGCUAAAAAGGUUAUAUUUUUUGGCAUCGAUCUUUACUUCUAUCUUAUUAAGUUGGGGCUGAUGUCUAUAUAAUAUCAUCCCAUAUAUUACCUAUUAUAAUUUUAUUUUUUCAGCUUUUUAGA